UAUGUCAGUCCACAAAGGAACAGCACCAUCAUAUCCUCGAGUACUGCGAUGUAGAAAUCUCAUGGAUCCACAUCGCAAUCCACAUGUUUUCUCCUACAGCAAUCAAAGACUUCGUCGCAAUCAUGAAUACCAAGGGCAGCCCCCUGGUUCCAAACUUCAUCUUCCCGCUGAACAACAAAUCAAGCUCUCCCAAUCCACGAAAAGAAGCCUUCAAAUUCCGAGACGGCAUCAUCAUCGUCUCAACUCCAAUCCUCUCAGAAUCAAACGCAUACAAAUGCCUACAGAAAGCAUGCCAUGCCUUUUGUGUCGAACCCCCAUUGCCACGGGACAUGUCACCAAUCAUACAAGGUACAACGGCCAAGGAAUCCAUUGAACACGCCAAAGAAGUUGAAGAGGUGAUCAAGAGGACGAGAAGAGAGCCCGACUCCGCACGGCUUGUAGAAUGGAAAUCACAGCACCUUAGCUAUUUCGAUUGUCACAGACCGAGCAGUAGUUCCAAAGCUGAGCAGCCCAUGCUGCUGGUGCAUCCCUCACCUUCAGAUCACGAAAACGCGACUACAGAGCAUAUCGAAGAUAAAGCUGUUACCGACACCACGGAUUGGCAGGAUCGGCUGGUGCCGAGUGCUAAGAUGGAAAAUGCGAGGAGAAAGCAUGUUGCUCUGCUCAUAGAGAGGUCGAUACAGGCUAGGAUGGAAAUUGGCAAAGGAAAGGCUGUGGAUGAAGGUGAAAUGCCUAUUCCGGCAGGUCCAGUUCUUCUCAGGAGAGAUGGGCAGUGGAGACAGAUGGCUCUGCCCGAGGGUCUGCCGGAAAGCAAUAUACGUGUCGUUACUUGGAGACGCGAUGAUGCCUGGAGAAGGGAUGUAGCGAGGGAGUUGAGACUCGCUCAGCGAGAAGCAGAGCGGAAAGCGGCGUAUGUGGCGGGUAAGAGUUCGCAGAAUGGACCGACUUCGAGCAGUCACAAUGCGGGGAGUUGGCAGGUCGUGGAAAAGAGGAACAGUCAGACUUCGAGAAGAGCAGGAUAUGAGAAUGUAAGGAUCUGGGACGAUAAAGGUGAUCCCUAUUCUGUCCUCCAGAAAAGUGGUGUGGAGAAAGGUAUCAAGGAGGAUAUUGGGCCGGCCGACAAAAGUUCCCAAUGGAGACCGACAAAGAUCUUGUCCCGGAAUGACCCAAUGUCCCAGAGCGAAGCCGUAGAAUCAAAACCGCAGGACCUUCAGCGAGAGGUUCGCGAAGGAAUAAGAAAUGUUGAGGAUACUAAGGGGAAAGGCAGGCAAAGCUUUUGAGCGGCGAGCAGUUUGCCCUCGUUGCUGCUCCCCCAGAGGAUAAGGUUGCCGCUAUUUGCGAAGGUAAAGGGAAAAGGCUCAGAGUAAAGCGAU